AUGAUGAGAAGAAAUUGUUGUUCAAGAGUAUUGAGAGGAGUCCUUUCAUCAUCGUCGUUGGUGAAAAACAAAUCAUGUCAUAUGAUGAUGGUGAAUAAUCAGAUGUUCCGUACAUCGGUAGUAGCAAUGAUGAUGAGUAAUAAUCAAAUGGCAUCGGUAUCAGCAUUGGUAAAUUCUUCUUCUGGAAAUAAUUCUGUCCGAAAUAUUGGAAUGAAUACACAAAACAGCAAUGGAAUACUUCCAACACCUCUCGUUUUCCUUGCCAACUCCGAUGAUGAUGGUGUAUAA